AGGCUGCUCCUCCGCCAUUAAAUGAAUUUAUAUGGUUUAAACCGGCUGCAGAUGCAGAGUGGCAACCAGGGCUAUUACUUUUCAGAGGGAAGGGUUAUGCUUAUAUCUCCACAGAGGAUGGACGGACCUGUUCCUGGCUCCCUGCGAGAUGGAUCCGGACGAGGACCAAUUCGAACGGCACCGUAUCCCGCCAGACGACGGAUGGGGAAUCCGGACCAAAAUGAUGCCACCGCAGAGCCAAUGGAAUGAGUCAAUGGUGAAUCAUCAAUUGAUGGCCUGGGGAGAUGGCGGCAUCGCGGACCCUCGUAUAUCACAUCAGAAAUUUCCUGAUCAUAUACAAACGCACUUAUGGAAAAUUGCAGCUGCGCUUAAGACUGUUCGAUUUUACAAUGGAACUUUUUCUGGCACAGCAAAUUCUGCAUCAACUUAUAACUUCACCAUGCUUAAAGAAAUGAAUGUGACUGCAUGUGUACCUUUGCCAUAUUUGUUUCUAAUUGGGAAUUUUAGCUUUGAUAAUGGAAUUAACUGUACCAAAUGUCGUUUAUACUCUUGUGUUAAUAGUUCUAUAGAAUUUGAGCCAGAAUAUUCUCUUAUGAUUUUGCAACAACGUUCUCACAUUUGGCUUCCAGUAAAUUUAGAACGACCGUGGGCGCAAAAUCCUGUAGACGCCUUAGUUUUAGAAUUUUUCAAAAAGAUGUUGAAACGCAUGAAGCGUCUUGUUGGCAUUGUUGUGGCGCUUAAGUUUAAUUACAGUUACCACAUUAGCCGCGGUGUCGGAUACAAUGAGUCACAACAUGAUUGGAGCAUCAUCCAAAGUUACUUAGAAGGUAACUCGUCAGCAACUGACAUGCUCAAUAAUUUACAUACAAAUAUUCAGGAAGUGUUUGGUAGAUCAUUUGAAACUGAAGAUGCUGCCACGUUGGCCGAUUUAUUCCUUAAACAACUUGAGGGACUGGAUCCUAAAG